CAUUUUUAGAGGCUGGCCGGGCGGUCAUACCGAACGCGUAAAUAAAUGAAUUUUUUUGUGUAAAAUAAAAUAUUGACAAAACUUCUAAAUUAAAUUAAAUAAAUACUAAACACAUCUUCCACUGAGCGGAAUCUCGUUUGGAAGAAGAGGUGGAUUUAUAGAUUCGCAGGAGCAGUCAGCGGAGCCAACAGCUGUCGGAGUCUGCUGCGCCGCCGCCUGGCGAAAGGUGAACCGAGUUCAUUGGGUUUUUCGGCUAUUACGUGUACGACCCCGUAGCCCGCUCCCCGCCAGCCUUUCCUCUGCCACUCGGGAGUGCUUGUGUGUGUAUGUGAGAUCUUGAGAAGCUGCGCCGCUGCCAACAAUAUAAAAACUAGAAAACAGAAAGAAACCGGAGGGAACAGUGGACGGAAUACGCCGCUCGGCAUAAUCAAUUAAAAACAGAAAACAACAAAUGUCUAGAAAUCUGCCGCUCAUCUCUCUGGCACUGUGUGCCGUCGCCUUCCUGGCCGCCGUGGGACCCAUGCCCGCCUUUGGAGCCGUGGCCACUCACAAGCAUGAGAAGCAUCUGAGCAAGGAGCGGGUAAAGGACGGCAUCUAUGCCCCCCGGGAUGCCCAUCAUCAUGGCGACGAUGGCGAGCACAAUGUGGAGUUUGACCACGAGGCCAUUAUUGGCAAUACCAAGGAGGCACAGGAAUUCGACACUCUCUCGCCCGAGGAAUCGAAGAGGCGUCUGCUGAUUUUGAUCAAGAUGAUGGAUCUGAACAAGGACGAGUUUAUUGACCGGCAUGAGCUGAAAGCUUGGAUAUUAAGGUCCUUUAAAAAACUCUCCGAAGAGGAAGCCGCCGAUAGGUUUGAGGAAAUAGAUCAGGAUCAGGAUGAGAAGAUAACGUGGAAGGAGUACCUGCAGGACACCUAUGCCAUGGAGGAUGAGGAUUUCAAGAAAGAGACUAUCGACUUUGACAGCUACGAGGACGAGCAGAAGAUGAUCCAGCAGGACAAGGAGAUGUUCAAUGCCGCCGAUGCGAAUAAGGAUGGCAGUUUGACGCUCGAUGAAUACGUCUUCUUCCAAAAUCCCGAAGAGCAUCCGGUUAUGCUGCCCAUUCUGCUGGAGCACACGAUGCAGGACAAGGAUUUAGAUCACGAUGGCAAGAUAAGCUUCCAGGAGUUUGCCGGCGAAUCUGCUUCGCAGCACGGCAAGGAAUGGCUUAUCACGGAGAAGGAGCGCUUCGACAAGGAUCACGAUACCAACGGCGAUGGCGUCCUCACUGGCGACGAGGUCUUGUCGUGGAUUGUGCCCAGUAAUACGGCCAUUGCCACCGAUGAGGUGGAUCAUCUGUUUGUCUCCACAGACGAGGAUCACGAUGAUCGGCUUUCCUACCUCGAAAUACUUAACAACUACGAUACCUUUGUGGGCAGCGAGGCCACCGACUACGGGGACCACUUGCAAAACAUUAACCAUCUGUCCGAUGAGCUGUAAAGCGAUUGCCAUCCUGCUGCUAUAGUGAACCUGUGCUUAGUAUUUCAUUUAUUUUACAAAAGUAGUAAGUAAAUUUAUGUUUUAUUUAUGUUUAAUUCAAAGUGACAAGUUUGCAAAAAUCCAUAUCGCUAAAUUGUUUUGAGCGUUAUUCGCGCAUUCAUCUCCAUGUUCUGUCAUAUACCAAUUACAUUAUGUGUAGUAAUUUAUAUAUAGACACCAAAAAUAAUCUACAAAAUCAUAAUAAUGUAAUAAAUCAUUUUUACUAAA